ACGUCAGGAGCCCCUUCCAUGAUUGAAAAACAUGGCGGCUGCCAUGGAGCUGAGAUGCUGGGGAGGAGACUGGGGUUUGCCUUCUGUACACACCGAGUCUCUGAUAGUUCUGGCAUAUGCCAAGUUUUCUGGGGCAACAGUCUCAGUUUGUCCUAUAGACUGGACAUGGAAAACACUAACAGCGACAGUUCCAGAGUUGCUUUGUGGAGACUCCGCAGUUACAGAACCAACGCAGAUUCUUAACUUUCUGAGAAAACAGAGGUUUAAUGCAGACUUUGAGCUGUCUGCCAGACAAGGAGCAGAUACCAUGGCCUACAUCGCUCUGCUUGAAGAGAAGCUGCGACCAGCUGUGUUGCACACUUUCUGGGUGGAUGCAGAAAACUACGCCAACCUAACACGGCCAUGGUUUGCUUCACGCUCACCGUUCCCUCUUAACUUUAUCGUCCCCGGUCGCAGUGCCAACACUGCCCUUUCUCGCAUCCUUCUAACUAAAGGAGAGGCGCCGCUGCACAGAAUCACUGAGGUCGAGGGAAAGAUCUACAGCGACGCUAAAGAGUGCCUGAAUCUCCUCGCGUACAGGUUGGGAACAGCAAACUACUUCUUUGGCAACUCGCCGACCAGUCUGGACGCCUUUGUGUUUGGGUUUAUUGCUCCACUAUACAAAGCCGGUCUCCCCAGCUCCCCUCUGCAGAGCCACCUCAAGCAGCUGGAGAACAUCACACGCUUCUGUGACAACAUCCUCACAGUCUUCUUCAGCUCAGACCACCCUAGUCCUCCUCCACCUGUUCAGGAAACAAUGGAUGCCAACCUCCAGAAACUAACUCAGCUUGUAAAUAAAGAGUCCAACUUGAUAGAGAAGAUGGAUGACAAUCUCCGCAGCAGCCCUCAGCACAAACCUCACAGACCGGACCCCAAACCCAAUCUGGCAAGUGAGAAGAACUCAACCCCCGCCUAACCCAUGCCCCUCAACCCUGAUCCACCAUUAUAAAUGGAAGGACAGCCUGCAGAUUGAAGGUGCAAGUCUAAAUCUGACUCAACCUCUGUAAUCAAAAAUAUAUGAAUCCCGCUGAACUGUCACUUGAAUGGUAAAUGAUCUAAUAAUUAAUGGGUGUAUGCUAUAACGCUAUAAAAGAGCCUUAUUUUGCAGCAGGAUAAUGAUGAUAGAUGUUAAAGAUGUUGGUCUGAAAGUGAAGGAGAAGUGCAUGUGUGAGGUUUUUAAGGACAGUCGGUGCAUGUAUGUGGUUAAGGCUGGUAUGCUAUGAAGUGGUGCUCAAUGAGAGAAAGUUUAAAGGAAAGCCAAAAAAUAAAUGAAAAGUCCUGCAGAGAAAAAAGAGGGCACAAGAUUGUCCCCAUGCCGGUUGUUUUAAAACUCUUAUUCAUUCAUUUAUUUAGUUUCCUGUGAGAAAUAGCUUUUUCUGCAAAUUUCAUUUGACACAUGUUGAGAUGUUCUCACCUGCUCAAUGAGGAUAUUGUAUUACUGAGUUGUAGUUACAUUAUUCAACAAAGUAUAUCUGACUAUAAUACCUUAUUUAGUUUUCUAAUGCUACAGUUUAUCAUUCUGUGUUUUGUUAUGCAGAAUCUAAGAUCCUUUAGCACCCAACCAUCAUCUUCAUAGUCACUGUAAAUAUCUCCAGUUAAAUUCUAAGAGGAUUUUAAUUGUAAUAUUUCGUCUGUAUAUCAGUAGUCAACACUUUAGAGAACACAGUGCACUUGUUUUGCUUUGCUCCCUCCUCCUCUGCUUUGUAUAGCUUGUAAAGUUGUAAAUAGUUUCAUUAUUUAUUAAUCCUCUAAUAGGGCUGAUCAUGUUCACUGAACCACUGAGGUAAUGGGAGGGCCUUAUUCACUUUAUUUAGUUAGUCAGAAUAUAAGGGACUCUGUGUGUAUGUGUGAGAGAGUGUGUUUCAAAGGACUAUCAGCAAUCACUGUGUCUUCAUCUUUAACAUCCACUCACUUCUGUUGUUGUCGCCAUUGUUUUUUUUUUCUGCAGUUUUCCUCUUACAUGUAUUUUUUUUAAUUUUUCUGUUGUUAUAAUUUUCCUCUUUAACAUCUCCGUUUUUUUAAAACUGAAGUGUCUGUCCCACUUGGGAAUGCCUCAUUAGCUGCCUUUUUUUUGCUUUAUCUGUAUUGUCUGAAAUUGAACUUUGAAAUGAGUUGCCAGUGUUUUUUUUUUGUUGUCUUACUGUUAUUUAAUGUCCUCACAGCUCAUACAUUCAGUGAACUGUGUCUGUUCCAUUUGCUUGUUUGCAUGAUUUGCAACUUUAAAAAGAUCCUGGUUACAUUCCCUUUAAAGCACCAUAUCCUGAAACUCAAGCAUUCGUGUGCGUGUGUCCCACAUUGGUGCAGUGUGCCUUCAUGACUGCUGGUGUCUGUGAACGAUGAUCAAAAGGUUAACGGCGUCCUGUAUCUUUUUGAUACAUUGUCAUAAAUGAUCUUUGUCGUUUUCUGUUCUUCAUUCUCAGUGAAUGGUUAGUAACAACUUAUUAAAAUACAAACAUGAUAA